UUUGAAACCUGACUGAAGACACUUCACUUGGUGGAGAUCUACCUCUUCUUGAAUUUUAGCCAGCUGGUCAACAUGUUGCUUCGGACUCCUGCCCUGCUCCUCCUCUGUGUGUCCAUGGGCAUGAGUGCCACUUUGGGUUACUACCAAACUGAAGCCACUGAAGAGGGGGAAGCUACUGCUUUAAACACCCAAGCUGCUCCUCUAGAUUCUGCUUUGAGUGAUAAAAUAUCAGCAUAUGAUCAGGGAGCUGACCUACCUGAAGUGGACCAAGCCAAAGGGUCAGACACAGACAGGGAUACUCCUGAUGGAGACUCUGCUACUAUUGAAGCUCUUGCAAAGAAAGCUGUUGCCAAGGAGCAGCUUCCAUCUGAAGAGGAGGCUAAUGAGAUCUGGCCCGUCCAGACAAACAAAGCUUUGAAUAAACCCCUGGAACAAGAUGAUGCAAGCAGCUGGAGCCUCAACUCCAUAAGAGAUAGCUUCCAAACUGUGCACAGAUACUUUGACUCCCUGGUUGAGCUGGUCGGGGGAUACAAUGGUGUCUGUGAAUACCACUGUAGAUAUGGAGAACUGCAACUUUCUCGGCCUGACUACAAGCACCAAGAACCCAAUGGCUGCAGCUCUUCGCUGGUGGAAUUGCAGGUGAAUGCUGCUCUUGAUGUGGGAAUCCCUGCAAUGACAAAUUGCUGUAACCAGCUGGAUAUGUGCUACGACACCUGCGGUGUGAACAAGUACGACUGUGAUGCCAAGUUUCGCUCAUGCCUUCAUGGCUUCUGCUCUGACCUGAAGAAGAGUCUGGGCUUUGUUUCCAAAGUACAAGGUGACAAACUCCUUCAAUCAGCUUGUGAAUCUAUGGCAAAUGCUCUCUACAACACAGUGUGGACUCUGGGUUGCAGGCCUUACAUGAACAGCCAGAGGGCAUCAUGUGUCUGCAAGGGAGAGGAGAGGGAUGAACUGUGACAGACAGAACACUGUACUUCUCAAAAAUAACAGAGUAAUGGAUGUUUCUGCAUAUUACCAUCCCUUUCAUAUGACCACUCAGGAAAUGUUCAGAGUAUCUGAAGUGGGAUUUGGUCAAAAGGCUUAAAGAAGUAAACAACUU